AUGCUGUCUUACCAUGCUAGUUUUUCGGAUCCCCAGCUGCCGCCCUCACCGCCAUCAAGUCUGCAGAGUGAUAGGACUCUCGAUGAGCUGGUAGCAGCGAGACGCAAAACCUCUCAUGACUUUCGCGUCGAUCCGAAUUACAGUAGCAGCAGCGAACUCUCUGAGGGCAGCUUCGGCGAACAUGCUGAAACCAAAAUCUCUUAUCUUGAUCUUCGUCAAGUUCCUGAAGCAAUCGAACACGCAUGGGACACAGGGAGGUUGCCGAAUUGGAUACUCAAUUUUCCUAAUUUACGCAUUUUAAGAGCGUCUAGUAUGGGAAUCACGGUAGUUGAUGACUGGGUGACGCACUUGAAGCAUCUGGAGGUUCUAAUUCUGGACCAGAAUCAAAUCAGUACAUGGCCGGUGCAUUUAGUGGGACUGAAAACCCUCAAGGCACUCUUCCUUGACGGCAACCCUUGCUUGGAGAAUAUGUUUAGCAAGUCGGCGUCCUUCCGCAUCGCUUUUUUCGGUAGCCUAGCAGCAAGACCGCCAAACCUGGCAAGCUUGCCUGACAGUUUGAAUGGCCCAGAAUGGACCCCGUCUACAACUGUCAGUCGUCCUUCUCACUCUCAAAGAUCUAAUCGAACCGGUUAUUAUUGCGGGGGUAUCUACACACUAGCGUGCCCACAAAACAAAGGCGACGACCUCUUAACACCGCUUUCUCCAUGUCCAUUGCAGCAACGUAUCAUGAGCCACAUCUCACCGUUGCCACCUUUUCGAGACACGGGAAGCCAGGUAAUGCUUGUAUACCCUCCAAACCUUGAAGUGACUUUCGAGGCGCAAAGAGGCUCUCAGCUAGUGAUCGAAUUGCUCCAGGACAUUGCAAUUCUUUUGGGUAAAAAAGAUCUUAAUUAUGUCGAUUGCGGGCUGGCCUGUUUGGCUCGGACUCCUUGUUGUGAUCUGAGUAUGAAGAACAUGAUCAGCAGAACCAAGGCGUUUAAACUCCAGGAGGGCCUUUUCAUUGGCCAACUGAGCGAGGUUGUGUACUUGUUUUUCCGCAGUCGUAUCAAGCCAUUCUAUGCUGCUCGAAUCCAGAAGAUUUUCUGCGGCUUUAACGAACUCUAUCUGUUUCAUCGUGGAACAUGUUUGCCCCUCCUCAAAGAGAUCUUGAAAAACUUAGAGUCCGGUGGUCCAGUUCCAGAGAGUAUCAAUGAAGGUGUAGAAGCGUUUUGCAAGGAAUACGCUAAAUGUGGCUUGAGUUUUGUAGCCAGCAACACUAAACUCUUUAGUUGGAGUCGCGAUGUUGCCCAGGGCGGCAGCGUUGAAGGCGGCAGGUUCUCUGAAUGGAUUGAAGCACAGGAGCAAAAAGAAAUGCAUACUCUCCCCAGCUGCCAGAACUAUCUGGCUCUCCCAAUUAUUCGACUCAUGGAGUACAACGAUUAUUUUACUAUCCUUGCCCGCAUGUGUCCUGCCUAUGGUAAAUUAGCUGCCAUGAUACGGCAGACACGCGAACAGGUUAUCUCACAGCUCCAAAAUACACGGCGGGAGCUUCAACAGGCCGCAUUAGCGUUUAUUUACGGUUGUGAUUCCAGUGUAUUUUGUGAUUAUCACUGGGAUGCUCUAGUUGAUCUUCGAUCUCGGACAUAUCUUGAUCGCCCGAAAUACGAACCUGUAACGGCCGAUGUACUUGAUGGGAGGCCAGGAAAGUCGAUGACUAGGUCGGUUGUCAAAGAAAUAUUCAACCAGGGUGAGCGGCAACUAAGAAUAAUUAUGUGCGGUAGAAAGUUACAGCUUUGGGAUCACAAGCUGAAGAGCCAUAUAACCACCAUCUCGAUUGAAGACUUUGAGGCUGGGAUUCAAAAAGACGCCAAUGGAUUUCAAUUAAUUCGAGCCAUGUUUCGAAAUGUCGACGAGUUGUGGUUGUUUAAGCUCUCAGAGUACCACAGUGUUGAGAACUUUACAGGUGAUAACACCACGGCAUUCCUGACUGCUGUGCAGCUCCAGUCUAUGCCGAUCUGCUGCUCCCACGAAACUGAACAGCCUCCUUCAGAGUCUGCCAUGGACUGUUCAGAUCUGAUUGUGCUGGGCUUCAAGGACGCCGACAACCUGCUGGGUCGGCUGAUGAACUUUUCAGAUAACCGCACAAAACUUCCUACAUCAAAGCUAUCACAUCAAUAA